GUUACAACUUGUAUAUUCGAAUUUACUAACUCUCUAGACAAUGGCUUAGCUCUAACUCCUCCAAUGGGAUGGAUGACAUGGCAAAGAUUCAGGUGUGAGACUAAUUGCAAAACACAUCCAACGGAUUGUAUCAAUGAAAAUUUGAUUAUAGAUAUGGCAGACAGACUAUCAGGAGAUGGUUAUUUAGACGCGGGCUACGAAUAUAUAAUCAUAGAUGAUUGUUGGGCUUCAAAAUCCAGGGAUCAUGAAAACAAAUUGGUUGGAGAUCCGGACCGUUUUCCAAAUGGAAUGAAAGCCUUGUCUGAUUAUGUUCAUUCCAAGGGUCUUAAAUUCGGUAUUUAUGGAGAUUAUGGAACAUAUACUUGUGAAGGAUACCCCGGCAGUUUAGACUAUUUACAACUGGAUGCACAAACGUGGGCCGGCUGGGGUGUAGAUUAUCUUAAAUUAGAUGGAUGCCACGUUCAAACAGAAGGAAUGGAACAAGGUUAUGGGAAGAUGACUAAAGAUCUGAACGCAACGGGAAGACCAAUUGUUUUCUCAUGCAGUUUUCCUGCGUAUUUGGGAAUAAAUGCCAACUAUACAGCAGCAGUUGAGUAUUGCAACUUAUGGAGAACUUACGCAGACAUUAGCGACACUUUCGAAGAUGUAAAAGAUAUUGCAGACUGGUUUGGUAAAAAUCAAAACAAACUUAUACAAUAUGCUGGCCCUGGUCAUUGGAACGAUCCCGAUAUGCUCAUAAUAGGAAAUUAUGGUCUUAGUUAUGAACAAAGCAAAGUACAAAUGUCCAUUUGGGCUAUUUUAGCUGCGCCUCUGAUUAUGUCCGUUGAUCUGAGAACUAUAACAAAAGAAGCUGCCGGAAUUUUACAAAACAAAGAUUUGAUCAGGAUAAAUCAAGAUCCUUUGGGAAUACAAGGAUCACUGAUAAAAAAAGAAAAUAAUAUUAAUAUAUGGCGCAGGAUUAUUAAGGGACAAUCUGCAGAGUACUGUGAAAUUCUCGCGUUUGUUAGUUACAGAGUUGAUGGUGUUAUUUAUCAAUAUCCAUUCACUCUCUCAGAAUUAUUGCAAAAUUCGAUUGCCACACAAUAUAUAAUAAGGAAUGUUUGGGAUGAUUCGGAUGCUGUUAUAGCUUUCCCCAAUGAAGAACUCAUCUCUCAUAUUAAACCAUCAGGCGUAGAUCUAUAUGAGAUUUGUCCAUUAGUAGACAACAUUGUUGUAGAUAAUUAAACUAGUCACAAUGGUAUCAAUCUCUGUAACUUUUUAUUCAAUAAAUAUAUCGAAAUAAAA